AGCGCUGGGCAUGCGGCUCCUCGCCUGUGCCUGACCCGCGCGGUUCGGGCGCGGCGGGGGCUCCCCGGGCCGGGGCGGUAACAGCCCAGGGCGCGGUGUCCGCGCUGUGACAGCCAUGCCCGCAGAGCGCGGCCCCGCACCCGCCUGGGCACAGCGCUGAGCCGGGCAGAGCCUGACGCGCGGCAGGAGCCCCCGUUCGCUGCACGGCCGAUGAGACCCGCUCCACCCCUCUGCGGCUCCGCGCCCUUCUGUUGAGUCUUCAAGCCCAGGAGGUUCAGCAACAUCUGAUGACCAUGAGUUUGACCCAUCAGCUGAUAUGCUGGUGCAUGACUUUGAUGAUGAACGGACAUUAGAAGAGGAGGAAAUGAUGGAAGGAGAGACAAACAUCAGAUCUGAAAUAGAGGAUCUUAACAGGGAGAGCGAUAUGCCAAUCCAGGAGCUGCUCAGCCGCUACGGCUACGACGGCACCAUCCCACUGCAGGAGGAGGAGGAGGAUGAAGAGGAGGAGGAGGAUGAGGAGGAGGGAGAAGAUGAUGACGAUGUUGAUAACGAUGACAACAGUGGCUGUAGCGGGGAAAACAAGGAGGAGGCCAUAAAAGAUUCAUCAGGGCAGGAAGACGAGACACAGUCAUCGAACGACGACCCAGCACCAUCUGUUGCAUCUCAAGAUCCCCAGGAGAUAAUUCGCCCUCGCCGGUGUAAAUAUUUUGAUACAAAUAGUGAAAUAGAGGAGGAAUCUGAAGAAGAUGAAGAUUAUAUUCCUUCAGAAGACUGGAAAAAGGAAAUCAUGGUGGGGUCCAUGUUUCAAGCUGAAAUUCCAGCUGGCACCUGCAAAUACAAAGAGAAUGAAAAAGUGUAUGAAAAUGAUGACCAGCUCCUCUGGAAUCCUGACUUCCUACCAGAAGAUAAAGUGAUCGAGUUCCUAAAUGAGGCCUCAAGGCGGACGGGUGAGGAGAAAGGCCUGGAUGCAAUUCCUGAGGGAUCACAUAUUAAAGACAAUGAGCAGGCAUUGUAUGAACUGGUUAAGUGCAAUUUUGAUACUGAGGAAUCGUUACGAAGGCUGAGGUUCAAUGUCAAAGCAGCCAGAGAAGAAUUAUCUGUUUGGACAGAAGAAGAAUGUAGGAACUUUGAACAAGGGCUGAAAGUCUAUGGCAAAGAUUUUCACGUGAUUCAGGCAAAUAAGGUCCGGACACGCUCCGUGGGGGAAUGUGUAGCAUUUUAUUACAUGUGGAAGAAGUCGGAGCGUUACGAUUUCUUUGCCCAGCAAACCCGCUUCGGAAAGAAGAAAUACAACCUGCACCCUGGUGUCACAGAUUACAUGGACCGGCUCCUGGAUGAGAGUGAAAGUGCUGCUUCCAGCAGAGCUCCGUCCCCUCCUCCCACAACCUCCAACAGCAGCACCAGCCAGUCGGAGAGGGAGGACAGCACGACCAGCAGCAGCAACCAGAAUGGUGUCUCUGCCAACGGCCCAGGGGAGGCACCAAGCAAAGAGGAAGCAAAACUCGAGGGAUUGCACGUAAAUGGACCUUCCAGUGGCAAGAAAACACCUCACACAGAGCUGGAUACAAAUGGGUAUGAACCUGAAAACCUUGCCAUUGACCCCAAAAUGGCUCAUGCAGCCUCAAGAAACGACAAUGAUUUGGAAGAGAAAAGUGAAAGACCUCUAAAAAGAAGAAGAAUUAACAGCAGUGGGAAGGAGAGUCCAGGGGCUUCAGAGUUCUUCCAGGAAGCAAACUCUCAUGGGAAGCUUGAAGAACUGGAAACUUUGGAUGACUGAGUGCUAGGAGCUGGUUUUAUUCCUUGGAGUAAAUUUUGGGUGUCUGAAAUUUUCAGGGUUGAUGGGUUACCUUACAAAAUCCAGUUCCACAAACAAUCUGCUGAGAUUUUUUUUGUUUUGUUUUGUUUUCCUGAUACCGUUUAGUUGGCUCUAAAAAUCUGAUUAUUUGGUUUUUUUCAGUGCUGAAAAGCAGCAGGAGAAUAGUGAAUUUCUCAGAGCUGGCAGCUGCAGUUCUGGGCUAAGAGGCUCUUAAAUAUUUGAGGAACAAAUCAGUGAGUUUCUGCAAAAAUACUCCCAGCCUAAUACAUUAAAGAAUGUGUUAAUACACCUUUUAAUGUAUAAAUACACCUUUUAAUCAUUGGCAAAGUAAACAGAGCAUCCUAUUUGCAGCAGGGGCUGGUGCAGAUGUUGCAGGAAGUUAAAAUAAAACAGAGAAGGCCAAGACAGAGUAGACAGAGACUUCCACUCCUGCUGGUGAGAGGAAAAUGUCAUCCCAUCACUAAGGAACCCUCAUGAAUCCUGAAAGUUAUGAGCACAACUAUUUUUAUAUAUAGAAGUUUUAAAAGGUAAAUAAAUAAACCAAGUCAGGUUUGUCUAUGUAAAAUUGUUGACAUCAAUGAUGUCUUUCCAUAUUCUUUAUCUGGGCUAAAGAAAUACAUUCUGUAUUUUUCCAGAUUUCUUUGUAGCCUUUGAAAGAUUUUUACAGUACUUAUGUCUUGAUUGAACUGUCCUUUCUUAAAACAAAAGCUUGUAUAAUUUUCUUACCUUGUACAGUUGGUAAACUUUUAUGAGAGAGUUGAUACCCUGAGUCUAAUGUCAGCUUCCUUUUAUUUUGCUGAAGUCUUUUCUAAAAAAAAAAGCCAACAAAAAAAAAACCAAACCAAACCAAUUGACUUAAAAAUCAAUCACCAACGUGUUAUUUUCUUCCCAGAAACUGGUAAAUAAUUAACAUAAGAAUGGUUAGGAAUCAUUUGAUUUUGGAAACGUGUUUUAUUUCUUCUGUUUUAUGGCAAAUAGUGAUGCUAAAAAAUUUGUUACUCAUGCUGCUUGCACUGCACACAUUUCCUUGCUUUAUUUUCUCACUUUAUUUUGAACUUAGAUAAUUUUCACAGCAGCCAAAUGCUUGAGUUUACUAAACCUUCUUCACCCAGUUCAGGUGUUAGUGAUCCACUGAUACAUUUUUCAGUCUGUGUCUCACCUGCCACAUUUCACAGAGCACAGGAAGGAUCCAGUCUGGCUGUACUGGGUAGGAAUGGAUGUGCAGCUGGAAUCUGGUGCUGGACUGGAAUUUCUGAAGACCAUAGGGGUGGUUUCAGUGGAAGCAGGGACAGCACAUUACAGACAUUGGCACCCAGGGACACCUGGGAGAAGGGAGAGGAGGAAUGGAUAACUAAUUAAAGAUUAAAGUAUGGGGAACUAUUUAAAAAUAAAGUGUGAGAAACAAAAAUUCCUAAUAAAUAAGUGUGGAGGGGGUCAUGUUCACCCUCCCACCAGCACAGUUUGAAAGUUUUGGAAAUAGGAUUUACGAUCCAUUUUUAAUCCAAAUUAAUUUUGGUUUUGUUUAGUUUUAUUUUUAAGCCACUUUUUUUUGUUUUAUUUAAGCUAUACUUCUACUCUGUUAAAAUUAGAGAAAUGGUUCAUUUGUAUAAUUUACAGCCCCAUGUUCUCCUCAUUACAGAUGUGCUGUUAAUUCUUACUUGGUUAUUUUAAUUUAAGGUUCAUAAGUCUUUCUGAUUCCGGUUUAAAUGAAUGGUCCUGUGGUUUGAAAUUCAUGUAUGCACCCUAAGCCUACCUGCUGAGGGAUUGGGUUGGGUUGUUUUCUCCUCCAGUGACCUGUACUUGGACUUUAUGAUCAUUCAUGAGCCAGAUCUGGCCUGGAUGGGUUACGGAUGUAGGAACCUAUUCCCAGAAUGUGGGGAAUGAUCCACAUUUGGAUCAUCGGAUUAAUGCUCUACCUGGUUUAGGUGAUACCUGCCAGGAAUCAGCCAGCCCUGUACCUGGAGACACUCUGGGUGAGGUUUGUUAAUUAAAACCUGUGUUAAUUAUAGAAUUAAGUGAUUAAUCCUGAGGCAGAGGUUGCUGUUAACUCUCCCCUCUGGAUUAGUAACAGAAACCCAAAGUUUCAGCCUUAGAUCAAAGACAGUCACGAGACGGUUCCAGACAACCAGAGCCCUAUUUUCAGUUUUAUUUUUAUGCAGUUUUUGUUUGUUUGCAAGUUGAAAAUACUUCCAAAAAUUUAUAGGAAAGUUUCUAAGUGAAUUGUCUCAGGCCUGUGUGUGAAAUCCAGCACUGUGUAUAUUUUCAGGAAUGUUGCUUUGUUUUUUAUCUUACCUUUUUUUGGUGAUAUGUAGAAGAGACCUGACAUUCCAUAAUCAACUAUGUAAUGCUCAGCUAGACUUUAAGAAUAUUUAAUUAUUAUUUACCUUUUGUUUAUGCUGGUGUUUUAUACAAUACUUUGUUCAUGUUUCAAGCUGCAGCCACUAUAACUCGGUAAGUCAUUGCACUACUAAAGCUAUUUAAAAUCCUGGAAAUCUGGUAACUUUGGUUUCAUUUUCAAAGCCUUCAGUACAGUUUGGAAUCCAGUUCAGAGGAAAUCCUUGGUGGGCUUCCCAAAAGGUUAAAUGUGAAUAAAAAUCCAACCACACACACACACACAAAACUUACAGAUCAGUUGUAUCCAUUUUUCCGCAGAGUAUUUUGCACUGUUAGUAAUUCCCUUGUCUUAUCCCCACUCCCUCUCUGCAAAAAGCUUAUUAAAAUAUUUUUAAAUGUA